GUUUUUUUUUAUUAACAAUAACAACUUUUACUGUCAACUUGUAUUGAUUUAUUAUUAAUAAUUAAAUAUUUUUAAAUUGAUAAAUAAAAUGGUUCGACACUGGAGCUCAGAUAUUAUUGGAGUAUUAAAAGGGGCUCAAAUUGUUGGAAAUGCACUUUUGAAACAUCAAAAAGAAACAAUUAAACAAAUUGCUGAUAAUUCAAGUAUUAAAUCUGUUGCCGAAACAAAUUUAAAAGAUGCCGUUGAAAAAUUAAAAGAAAUUGAUCCAAGUAAGCUGCCAGAAAAAAUAUUCACGGAGACAAAAGAACUGAUUGAUAGAAUUUCCGUUAUUGAAAAAGGAAUACGCGAAUUAACAAAACAGACAACGUCAGAAAUAACAGGUAUUCCUUUGGCUGAUAGAAAUUUAUCAGAUAAAAAAUUACAAGUCGUAAACCCGGCAAAAGAUCCUAGAGAAAUAAAAAUAAAUGAAAGAAAAAGUGUUGAUAACUUUGAAUCAGUUACAAUUAAUGAAGCAGAGCCAGAAAAAAUAGUUGAAAUUCCUCUAAAGUACAGCAGCGUCAAAGAAAAAAUAGAAAUAGUUGGAUCAAUAGACAAGACAAUCCCUAAAAUUGAAUUGAGUGAUAAAGAUAAAAAAUUAUUGAGAAAAUUAGAGCUUGAGUAUGAGAAAAAAAUAACCGAUGUGACGAAUAAUACUCUUGAAUAUUCAAAAUCAGAUGAAUCUUCGAAAAGUAGUCAAUUUAAUUCGAUCGAACCGAAAAUUAAACCAGUUAUCAAACCACGAAUUACAUUAUCAACCGAAGCAAGAGAACGAAAAGUACCGAGCACCAGAAUUGGGCGGAUGACAAGUUUUGCAGCCCUAGGAUUUGGAUUAGGAUUCGGGUCACUGGCAGAGUUGGGUCGCAGAACACUUGGUAUCAAAGAACAACCGAGUGUUGGAAAUACACUAGACAAUAUAUUUUUAACAAAAGCCAAUGCUGAAAGAAUCGUUGCCACUCUGUGUAAAGUCAGAGGCGCUGCAUUGAAAAUUGGACAAAUUUUAAGUAUUCAAGACAAUAAUGUCAUCAGUCCAGAGCUUCAAAAAGCUUUCGAAAGAGUUAGACAGAGUGCUGAUUUUAUGCCAACAUGGCAAGUUCAUAAAGUAUUGAUAAGUGAACUAGGUCCUGAUUGGAGAAGUAAAGUAUCAACUUUUGAUGAAAAACCAUUUGCAGCAGCGUCAAUAGGUCAAGUUCAUUUGGCAACACUUGAAAAUGGACAAUCUGUUGCUAUGAAAAUUCAAUAUCCUGGAGUAGCUGAAGGAAUUCAAAGUGACAUUGACAACUUAGUGGGUAUAUUAAAAGUAUGGAACAUUUUUCCGGACGGAAUGUUCAUAGAUAAUGUCGUUGAAGUUGCGAAACGUGAAUUGUCAGGGGAAGUUGAUUAUGUCAGAGAAGCUGAAUGUUCGAAAAAAUUUAAAAAUUUUUUAGCUCCUUAUCCCGAGUAUUAUGUACCAACAGUAAUAGAUGCGUUGAGCUCAAAACAAGUAUUAACUACAGAGCUAAUUGAUGGUGUGCCAGUUGAUAAAUGUGCAGAAAUGGAUGAGGAGACACGUGAACAUAUUUGUAAACUUAUAAUGCACUUGUGUCUUAAAGAGUUAUUUAUAUUUUAUUACAUGCAAACAGAUCCCAAUUGGGCAAACUUUUUUUAUAAUCCAGAGACUAAAAAAAUGAUUUUACUAGACUUUGGCGCUUGUAGAUCUUAUGAUAAAAAAUUUAUGGAUAAUUAUAUUGAAAUAAUAAAUGGAGCGAGUUAUGGCGACCGUGACAAAGUAUUAAAACUAUCUCGAGAGAUGAAAUUUUUGACGGGAUAUGAGUCAAAAUUAAUGGAAAAAGCUCACGUUGAUGCAGUUAUGAUUUUGGGAGAAAUAUUCAGUGAAAAAAAUCAAGUUUAUGAUUUCGGUGGACAAAAUGUUACUAAAAAAAUGCAAGCACUAGUACCAACAAUUAUAACUCAUCGUCUCUGUCCACCACCAGAAGAAAUUUACAGUUUACAUCGCAAACUCUCUGGUGUAUUUCUUUUAUGCGCAAAACUUAAAGUCAAAAUAAAUUGCCGCGAUAUGUUCCGUGACAUAUACAAAAAUUAUCGUUUUGGAUAAUUAUUUUUAUAAAUAUGUCUUUAAUUUUUAAAUGGUUGAUUUGAAAGUUUAAAUUAUACAAUAAUUAUA